UGUGAGGGACUGAGGGAGGCCAUUGCGGUUGGAGUGUCUCUGAGAGCUCAAUAAGGAGUCGAAGCGGCAGAGUGGCUCGCCUGGGGGCUUUAGAGGAGGGCCUGGAUUAGAUGACUCCUGAGGUCUCAUUCUUGGACUAGGAUAAAGCUUGCUGCCCUCAUCCUGCCUUUACAUCCCUUCACUGCAAAGGCUGAGCUCUCAGAACUUGGAAAUUGUGCUAAAUCCUGGGCGGAAAACUACAUGACACUACAUCAUGAGCGAGAGUAAAUGUGACAGUCAAUUUUACAGUGUUCAAGUUGCAGACUCAACGUUCACUGUCCUAAAACGCUACCAGCAAUUGAAACCUAUUGGCUCGGGGGCUCAAGGCAUUGUUUGUGCUGCAUUUGAUACAGUCCUUGGAAUAAAUGUUGCUGUAAAGAAGUUGAGUCGCCCUUUUCAGAACCAAACACAUGCAAAACGAGCAUACAGGGAACUUGUGCUCCUAAAGUGUGUUAAUCACAAAAAUAUAAUUAGUCUAUUAAAUGUAUUCACACCACAGAAGUCACUAGAAGAAUUUCAAGAUGUGUAUUUGGUUAUGGAACUGAUGGAUGCUAACUUGUGCCAAGUUAUUCAUAUGGAGCUGGAUCAUGAAAGGAUGUCCUACCUUCUGUACCAGAUGUUGUGUGGUAUCAAACACCUCCAUUCAGCUGGUAUCAUCCACAGAGAUUUAAAACCCAGCAAUAUAGUAGUAAAAUCAGAUUGUACUCUCAAAAUCCUUGACUUUGGACUUGCAAGGACAGCAUGUACUAAUUUCAUGAUGACUCCGUAUGUAGUAACACGAUAUUACAGAGCACCAGAGGUUAUUCUUGGCAUGGGAUAUAAAGAAAAUGUGGAUAUCUGGUCUGUUGGGUGCAUAAUGGCAGAAAUGGUCCUCCAUAAGGUCCUGUUUCCAGGAAGAGAUUAUAUUGACCAGUGGAACAAAGUUAUUGAACAGUUAGGCACACCAUCAGCAGACUUCAUGAAAAAAUUACAGCCUACUGUGCGGAACUAUGUAGAAAACAGGCCAAAAUAUCCAGGUAUCAAAUUUGAAGAGCUCUUUCCAGACUGGAUAUUUCCAUCAGAAUCUGAUCGUGACAAAUUAAAAACCAGUCAAGCUAGAGAUUUACUAUCAAAAAUGCUAGUAGUAGAUCCGGACAAACGAAUUUCAGUAGAUGAAGCUUUGCGUCAUCCUUAUAUCACAGUUUGGUAUGACCCAGCUGAAGCUGAAGCACCCCCACCUCAAAUCUAUGAUGCACAGUUGGAAGAAAGAGAACAUGCCAUUGAAGAAUGGAAAGAACUAAUAUAUAAAGAAGUAAUGGAUUGGGAAGAAAGAAAUAAGAAUGGUUUAGUAAAAGAACAGCCUUCAGAUGCAGCAGUGAAUAGCAACACCAGCCCUUCUCAGUCAUCAUCAAUCAAUGACAUUUCAUCCAUGUCAACAGAACAAACAUUGGCUUCAGACACAGACAGCAGCCUUGAUGCUUUGACAGGAACACUUGAAGGAUGCCGGUGAUCAGCUUUGAAGAUUUAACAUUGGCAAAGAACUUUUGCUUCUGUUGGGCUUGAAUUGCUUGUAAGUUUAUGGAACCAAGUAGAAAAACUCCAUGUUCUGCAUGUUCCUCUAAAGUAACACCUGUAAUUUUACUCAGUUGCAAUAAGACUGUCUGCUUAAUAUUGUAGAAUGAAAGCAACUUUGUAUCUCAAGGCAAAACAAAUAUAAGAUAUUAUUAUAAACUAUUCUGUUUUGACCUAUAUCAGGUGAGCAGUUAAAAUAACUCCGAGCUCAAAUGAGUUCAUGGGCAUUCUAUCAGAAGUCUGAAACAUACGUACGCAUAGUCAAUAUAAAUUUUCCAAAAAAAAAAGAAAGCCAUUGUAAGUCUUGUUGAAUGUAUAUUCUUCUUAUCUAUAUGAUUACAAACAUAUGCCAUAUUAAUGUAUUAUUCUGGUAUUCUUGGUACUGUAAAAUAGAGGCAAUUGUUUUUCUGGAUAGCACUCCUUUCUCGAGGCCUUUUUCUCUCCACCUCCAAAUAAUUUUAUAUACUUCCCAUAAGAGAAGCAAAAUUGUGGGUGUUUGCUUCAUCUUUACAUCUGAAUGUAACUGCUUCUCUGAAUGUGCUCUUCCAGUGCUUUUAUUUCAAGAGGUAGGUGGAAUAAGUAAAAUAGGUCAUGUAUGGAUUUUUUGUAACUCUUGCAUGCAUUUGUGAAUUCGUGUAUGUUUUUAAAAUAGGAUUUCUUGGUCUUUUUGAAGCAAUUCAUAAACACUUGUAGACUUCUUUCCUUUUUUCCCUAUUUGGCAUUGCUCUGGAAAAUCAGAUAAAAGAUGGAACUGUUCAGAGGUUUUAGUUUGACCCCCUACUAGUAUGUGUUCAAGGGAUCUCUAUAUAAUAUAUAAAUAACAUUUAAAUUUAUAUCCAGAAUGAAUUGAAAAUCAUAGAAAAUGUGAGGGACUAUUUUAAACACUAAACAACAUGAGGGAGUCUAGGUUAAUAAGUAAGAUUUAUAACAUGCAAUUGCCUACCCUUCUUUAGGAAAUUCCAAACACAAGCAGCAGUCUUGAGCCAGCUUGAUCAGGCUUAAUUUUUUUUCUAGCUACAAAAAUGCUAGCUUGUCAUUUCUUGAGCCUGAGUAAAGGCCAUUCAUCAAAUAUUUGCAAGGAAAAUAUUUGUGUGAAUGUAUAGGUGGAUUGCCUGACUAGCACUCUAUUAGGGUGGUAUUAUGGUAGAUGGAAGAAAGUUGUAAGACAAUCCCAGGUUGUACAGCUAAGGCUUACAGUAGCCCUGAACAAUGAAGAUUUCUGGAUUGUGUGGAGGGGUCCAUGCCCUUAGCAAAACUUGGAAUCUCUUUGUUCUUCUAACAGCCAAAGGUUAAUUGCAUUGCCACCUUUUAGAUUUGGCACCAGCACUUUGCUAACAGCACAAUCCUAUGCAUGUUUACUUGGAAGAAGGUCCCAUUGUGGUUAGUGGCGUUUACUCCUAGGUGAGUGGGUAUAGGAUUGUAGCCUAAUUAGUUUAUAGUGUGAGCUUUCUCCAGAGUAACCAUUUCAAUGAAUAGAACUUUUGAGCAAGUCAAGCAUGCUGCUGUAUUUCCUGCCCUGACUUUGAUUAGAUUUCUCAAUUUGCUCUCGAGUCUUAACUCCUUUUCAGACUUUCAUAUAAAUCCAUUGAUAUGGAUGCAGUCAAACAUGUGAACAGCCUCCCUUAAAACACUGUACCUGAGAUGUGAGAAGACAUAAAAUGCCUGUUUAAUAUGGAUGGCUAUUUAAUAUGUAAUUCAUCACUUGGCAGUUAAGUGUCAAGUAAAAAAAAACAUCCUUGGAUCAAUGGAUUAC